CUCUCCCCCCUCCGCCGCGCAACACGGAAGCAUGGAGGCAGCCCAGGGUUCCCCAGUGUCCGCUCUGUCCCAGCAGCGCAGGCUGAGAGUCAUCACUGGACACCUACAAACUGGAGCUGCGCCUGGAAUUUCCCUGAAUGAAUGCAAGGCCCCAGCAGCUUCCUCCUCCUCCGCUGCUCCCUCCAUUCCCAAGAAGAGGCAAGAAGUCCUGAAGUGGAAUGGAUGGGGAUAUAAUGAUUCCAAAUUCACUUUCAAUAAAAAGGGGCAAGCUGAAUUCACUGGCAAAAGGUACAAACUUAGUGGUAUGGUGCUACCAGCUUUAAGAGAAUGGAUGGAGAAAACAUUUGGUGCCAGUCUGGAUCAAAAAACUACCUCCCGAGCAUCUUUAAAUGUAAGUGAUGCCCCACCAGCACUUGUAAAUGAAGGAUUUCUCCAGGACAUUAAAGCCAUAGGCAUUUCAUAUUCCCAAGAUACCGAAGAUCGAAUCUUUCGAGCACAUGGUCAUUGCCUACAUGAAAUUUUUACUCUCAGGGAAGGAAUGUUUAAGAGGAUUCCAGACAUUGUUGUGUGGCCAUCCUGUCAUGAAGACGUUGUGAAAAUUGUGGAUCUAGCCUGUAAACAUAAUGUUUGUCUAAUCCCAUUUGGUGGUGGGACAAGUGUAUCUUAUGCGCUGGAAUGCCCUGAAGAUGAAAAGAGAACUAUUGCUUCAUUGGAUACCUCACAAAUGAGCAGAAUACUAUGGAUUGAUGAAAAGAAUUUAACAGCUCACAUAGAAGCAGGAAUAACUGGUCAGGAUCUGGAGAGACAGCUUGGGGAGAGUGGUUACUGCACAGGUCAUGAGCCAGACUCCAUGGAAUUCAGCACAUUAGGAGGCUGGGUGGCCACAAGAGCAUCAGGCAUGAAAAAAAACAUUUAUGGAAACAUUGAAGAUCUGGUUGUUCACAUAAAAAUGGUUACACCUAAAGGUAUUAUUGAAAAAAGCUGCCAGGGCCCAAGGAUGUCCACGGGGCCUGAUAUUCACCACUUUAUAAUGGGAUCUGAAGGGACACUUGGGGUGGUCACUGAAGUAACAAUUAAGAUCCGGCCAGUUCCAGAAUAUCAGAAGUAUGGCUCUGUGGUGUUUCCAAACUUUGAGCGUGGGGUGGCCUGCUUACGAGAAGUUGCAAGACAGAGAUGUGCUCCUGCCUCAAUUCGCCUUAUGGAUAAUGCACAAUUUCAGUUUGGGCAUGCUCUUAAACCUCAGGUGGCCUCAAUUUUUACUUCAUUUUUGGAUGGGUUAAAAAAAUUCUACAUCACAAAGUUUAAAGGCUUUGAUCCAAAUCAGUUAUGUGUUGCAACCCUGUUGUUCGAGGGUGACCGUGAAAAAGUCUUACAGCACGAGAAGCAAGUGUACGAUAUUGCUGCUAAAUUUGGCGGCCUGGCAGCAGGAGAAGAUAAUGGACAAAGAGGCUACAUGCUGACAUUUGUCAUUGCUUACCUUCGGGACCUUGGCAUGGACUACUAUCUAAUAGGGGAAUCCUUUGAGACCUCAGUUCCAUGGGAUAGGGUUCUGGAUCUGUGCCGCAACGUUAAAGAGAGAAUUGUUCGAGAGUGCAAAGAAAGAGGCGUUCAGUUUCCUCCCCUUUCAACGUGCAGGGUCACACAGACUUACGACGCUGGUGCUUGCGUAUAUUUCUAUUUUGCCUUUAACUACAGAGGUUUAAGUGAUCCAGUUCAUGUCUAUGAAGAAAUAGAGUUUGCUGCUAGAGAAGAAAUCCUUGCUAACGGUGGAAGUCUUUCACAUCAUCAUGGAGUGGGCAAGUUACGGAAACAGUGGCUGAAGGACAGCAUUUCAGAUGUCGGCAUAGGAAUGCUUCGAUCUGUCAAGAACUUUGUGGAUCCAAACAACACUUUUGGCAACCGAAACCUUUUAUAAACUCUGCUGUCCUAAUAUUUCUGGAUGUAUGUUAUAAUGUUGUUACAUUUCGUCCCUUGAAGGAGCCAACAUUUCAGGGUGUUUCCAGCUGUGAAAAGCCUAGGCUGUAAAAUUGUCCAGUGAAGUUUAAAGCAGAAUGUUGGAUGAGAUGUACUGAAGUGAACAAGCAAAAAAAUUACUAAAUGUUUAUCAAAUGCUAUGCCUACAAUUACUUUUUCUCUCUAAAGAUAAAUACAUAUAUAUGUAACAUUGCCCUUUGUUGUCCAUCCUGAAGAAUGUGCUUUAUCCCAGCCUGCUUAUGAGUAUGACAGGCUUACAUUUCUGAUAUCAAGCUUGCCGUCUUCCAGCAGUUGGGAAUUACAGCUUCAAGCAUCAUCCAAGGGUUAUGCUGGGAACCGUAGUUCUCAAUCCCUGGAAGGCUUGCCAGUUUGUCAUCUGUGCCUUGGAGUGUUGCUGUUCAUAACAAACAGCAGGGAGACUGAAGACAGACUUUGAUUUAUAAGAGUUUUCAAUGGAAACCCUGUUGGUACGCCUCUUUAACUUUGUGACACUUGUGUUACUAGCCAGGCAAACCACAGGGUGUGUUUUUAGGUCUUUCAUAGAAACAUUUAAAAAGUAAAAUAAAUCCAAUCAAGCCAUGUUUUUAAAAGUCACUGCUGACGCCUUAUCCAUGCCAGUUGUUUAGCAUAUAUAUAUAUAUCUAUAUAUAUAUAUAUAUAUAUAUAUAUAUAUAUAUAUCCAUAUCCAUAUCCAUCCCUUUUUAUAAGCAGGCUGGGAAGUUGAGAAUGAAUCAGAUUAAAUUGGGAUGGGGAUUCAGGAUACAUCCAAACUGAAUAACCAUUAACCCCCUUCCAAAUUUCUUACGGCUGGCACAUGGGCAGCCUUCUGUACUACCUACUUAGCAAUACAAGCUUUUCAUAACAAUCUGUGGAUAGGACCCACAAAGCGGCUGGUCCUCAUUUCCUCACUGGAAGAAGCCAGCUGCUCUGUGCAAAACCAUCCCCUACCGAGAGAAGAAAAGUCUGAUGUUCAGAUCUGUCUGCAGAAGCAGCUGUUCACUCGCCUGCUUCUCUCCUGGGAAGAAAACCACAUUAACACGAUUACUUAAGCAAGAGCUGCUUGUACAUUGGAUGUUUAGAUGAUGCAUUCCGGUUACAUGAAAUAUUUAAGCAUCACUCUUUUUAAAUGGUGAAUUAAAAAAAAAAAAAAA